AUGUCCUGUCACUUCAUGAAGAUGCAUGCAGAGAAGAAGCAUAAGUGCUCCAAGUGCAACAACGGCUACAGCACAGAAUGGGACCUGAAGAGGCACAUAGAAGACUGCGGGAAGACCUACCACUGUACAUGUGGCUGCCCCUAUGCGAGCAGAGCUGCUCUACUCUCACACAUCUACAGGACAGGUCAUGAGAUUCCUACAGAACACAGAAUUCCCCCUGUCAAAAAGCGAAAGAUGGAGAAACUGUUAAGUGGUUCUGAAAAGGUUAGGACCAAUGAUUCAACCUUUCCGAUCAUGCCCGCUACUAAAGAGCUGACAGAGACUGCUCUACCUUCUGAUACAACUGUUUAUAUCCAAGACUCGGUGAAUCAGAACUCCAGCACCCGUAGGAGCCUUCCAAAGUUGCUCCUACCAAAGCCCAAGAUGGCUUUGGUCAGUGUUCCUGUGAUGCAGCUGGCCCAUCUGCCUGUCCUUCUUCCAUCUACAGAAAGUGGGGCACUGAGGUCUGUAGUUCUUGCAGUAGACAGCCAAGGCUCAGUCAGCACCCUCCAGCUCCUGCCACAAGCCACGGGAGCAGUGGUGCCCCAGCUUGAUGCUAAAAGUUUGGGUUUCAAGGAUAGCAUGCCUACUUCCCGCUCAAGCCUGGGGCCCAUUAGCACGGGGGUGCAGGUCAGUCUGGAUCCUGCAGGAGCGGAGGACGCAGCCAGCGGCAUGGUGGGACAGCGAGGGAGGAGCACCUCCACCAAUAUUCAGACGGACAAAUCAUACUUGUCAAAAAUGCCCACCGGGGUGGGGGUUGGGGAGGGAAUAGGCUUGUGCUCUAUGGGUGAGUCCUCAGUGUCAUCGUGCUCCCAGACAGACAUCAGUGUUAGUGCCCAAGUCCUCCUGCCAGUCAGCGUCGAAACCCAGACGUUCUUCUCCCGAGCCAAAGCCACGUCUUCUAUCGGAGCUCAGACAGACAGCCAGUGCCUGAACCAGAUUCCUUGCUCCUCUUCAUCUGUGCUCCCGUUCAAAACCAGGCAGACACAGACAUACUUUGCCAUGCCACAAUCAGAGGAGAAGGCUCAGGACCAGGCCAUCAUGUGCUCUGACCUAUUUGGCAACGACUCCCUCAGUGUCUCCACACAGACCGCUCUGGACAUAGAUGACACCCUCAGUGCUGCAGGUGGCAGCAUAUACGAGGACUCAAAGUCAGCAGGGAGUAUGUGCUUUGGGGUGCAGACACAUGAACUCAACACAAACAACAUGGCGGACAACCAGACCCAAACAAUGACCUUGUUAAAUGACCUAGAAAACAUUCUGUCUGACAGCAUGUCAGGCCACCAGGUGCUCACAGAGGCCUCGGCAGGCUGUGGGUCAGGUCUGGGCUCUGUUCAGGAGCAACACAACGGCAUAGAUUUUGAUUUCGAAGAGUUCCUCAGCGCUGUGCACAUCCAGACGCAGACAGAGGAGAGUGAACUCGGAGGACUGGGUGGCGACACGCCGCUGGAAUCUCUGGACAUUCAGACUCAGACAGACUUUCUCCUGAUGGAUGAACUGGACCAAAGUGAAGGACCAAGUCGAACCCAAGCCAGCGACCUGGAGCUAUUUGACACUCAGACUCAGACUGACCUCAAUUUCCUGCUGAACGCCGGAAGCCACAUGCCGUUGAGCAGCAUCCUACGACAUUCGAGCUUUUCUAUGAGCACAGAGUCCUCGGAUACAGAAACGCAGACCGAUCUCCCUUCAUUUGCCACGGGUCUCUCCGCUCAGACCCCCGUCAGUCAGGGUGAGCAUGCAAGGCUACUGAACAGCACAGAGACGCAGACUGUGACCAGCCAGGCGGAAGGUCUCGGACACCUCUUCCUGACCAGCAACGAAACACAAACUGUCAUGGAUGACUUCUUGUCAGCAGACCUGGCGUGGAAUAUGGAGUCUCAUUUCAGCUCUGUGGAAACCCAGACAUGUGAGGAGCUCUGUGCUCUAUUUCAGCAGCCAGAGAAACCCAACAGUUGAAGCCCUCUUAGCGCAGCUUCCUAAGCCUUUGCAGUACAGGUUUCUGAUAUCUGCCUCUACCUAUAGGAGGAAUGAAUCAGCUAUGCUGUCCUCCGGCGGACCAUAGUCUUAGCAGUAAGAAGUCUGCGACAAUGUUUUGACCAUUCCACUGGGGGCAUCAUGUCCAGAGCCUUUCCAGGUAUAUAUCCUGACAGCUUGGCUGCACUUUAUUAGCUCAGCGGGCAUGAUUUAUCAUCUCCUGUGACAGUUUACAUAUUUAUUUGCACAUAAAGUAACAUUGGACAUGUCUUGUCUGAAAUGCCAGUUUACUUGUAUAUUCCAGUGUAUAACCACUGUGACUGGUUUCCACUGUUUGGUCUUACUCGCAGUUUAAAAAUGACAACAUUUCAUAAAUGUUAGAUCUGCACCUGAAAGGGAUGACAUCUUUAGCUGUAUGCGGCUGUCAUGGAAAGGCUUGUAAAAUUGUUAACCCGUAUGACAGCUUUCAAAUACUGCAUUUAAAACAAUCGCAUCUGGACUGUACAGUAUAAAAUAUUGUACUUUUGGUUUGUGUAUUUCUGAAAUGUGCAUGAAGCCUUCUCGUGGUCAGCAGCACAAAAACAUCAAAUAUCAAUUGUGUGCUUGUGCGUCUGAUGGCUGCCUCUUUAACGUUACCUUGUCAGCGUCAACAAGAUUAUAAACUCUGAAACGCAUCCUGCAUCUCUGCAGCCGAUGGCAGACAUGACCAGAGAACCAGCUUGGUUUUUCAAAAUAAAACCCCAUAAAGCCUUCCAACGGUAAACAAGGCAUUUCUCGAAGCUGUUAAGAUGUAUCUCUGAAAUAUACCGUUACCCAUACAGACGUGGCACAAGUUUAAAAAAGAAAAAAAGAAAUGUUUAUGUUUGUCUCAUGUUGCACACCUUUCAUUGAAAUGUGAUUGUGAAGUCUGAUGUCGUGUAAACACUUUCUUGUGUCUGGGCUUCUAUAGCCAAGCAGUCGGUUCGAGUCAGUAAGCAGGCGAGGCUGUCAUCGUCUUUGACUUAUUCAUUAGCUGGGUGUAAGUGUAUACAGUAGCAGUGCUCUGUCCCAGUAACGUUGCUGUACAGAAACAGUGAAUUAGAUCUAGGAUUACCACAGAGUUAUUGUAUGUAUUCACAAACCUAUUUUGACUGAAAGGAGUUGUCCUGUUGAAUAUCAGAUUUUUAAAACUUAAUAUUUGGGCACAGCAUAUUAAUUUUCCUUUUUUCUCUCUCUCUCUUCUUCAAGUGGCUAUAUUUAACAUUUUGAUUGUGUUUUUUUUCCGUUAGGUUUUCAUUUGUUGGACUCGUUUACCUCAAUGGCACCGCAGAGUGUUCUCCUCGGGAACACGGAGCUAUGGGCCUUCUUUUAUUUGUUCACGUUAUUACGCCGGUGCCUUAACCCAAGUAUUAACUUGAGUUCUGUUACAGUUAAUUUGCUGCUUUAAAGUAACGAUCAUAUUUAUAUUAGAAUAUGUUUUGGAUCAAUUAACACACACUGAAUAACUGUCCGAAUCCUUUCAGUCUCUGCAUGUUGAAUCCGUUCUGUAUCGGUGUUUUCACCGCGGUUGCAUGAAAUACUGGAAUGUCCCCGUUCAUUCUCCAUAUAUAUAUUUUCUGUUUUAAACCUUUAUUCUGUCACAUGAAAAUAUUGCUAUGCAUCAGUUUAUUGGAGAGAACGAUUUCGAUUCCAUCUCACUACUUUUAUGGACAGGUGGUCGAUGCUGUUACGGUUUAUAGAUGUUUGUGGAAACUGAAGAAUGUACAGAACAUGACACUGUGCCCGACUAUAACAUGCUCGAAUUUCUUUGGCACCACAUCCAACUUGUUUGAGGAUGAUUGGGUGUUCAAAAGGUUUUUUUUGACACGUUCAAUUUCAACAUUUCUUUUUUUAUUCGAGUACUUCUAGUUUGUGAUUCUUGAUAUAGCAUCGCUGCUCCCCGGUGGUUUAGCGGAGCGGGGAAGCGCUUUGCUUUAAACAGAAGUAUGUGUAGAAACGUUGUUCGGUCUCCAGUGUCAGUUACAGUGCUUUAUUUUCUCCCCGUGGGGAAUGCAUGCAGAUAUUUUUUUCCAGCACAAAAAUAUUUGUUUCUUGCAGAAUAUGAGUUUCUGUUGCCUAUAUGUGUAGAGGUAAUGGUUGCCUUGAUUAAUUGUUGUAGCUACACUACAGAUGUUGUUAAUAAACUGCUGGAAAGAGUAAA